UGGUUUAUCCCAAUGUAUUUGCACUGAUAUAUAAGACUUUCAGGACAUUGGAGAAAUUCAUCUAUCCUCUUACGGCGAGGGCUCGGCACCUGAGAACAACCAUGGAGAGGAAAAUACUUCCCAUUUACUUGCUGCUGCUGUUUUCUGUUUCCUUGAUUCAGCAAGUUUCUUCUCAAGAUUUAUCAAGCUGUGCAGGGAGAUGUGGGGAAGGGUAUUCUAGAGAUACCCCCUGCAACUGUGAUUAUAACUGCCAACUCUACAUGGAGUGCUGCCCUGAUUUCAAGAGAGUCUGCACUGUGGAUCUUUCCUGUAAAGGCCGCUGCUUCGAGUCCUUUGAAAGAGGGAGGGAGUGUGACUGUGACUCCCAGUGUAAGAAGUACGGCAAGUGCUGCCCGGAUUAUGACAAUUUCUGUGAAGAAGUGCAUAGCCCCACAUCACCACCAUCUGCAACGACUGCGCCUCCGCCUGCAGGAGCACCUCAGGCCAUCAAAUCAACAACCAAACGUUCACCCAAACCACCAAACAAGAAGAAGACUAAGAAAGUUAUAGAAUCAGAGGAAAUAACAGAAGAACAUUCUGUUUCUGAAAAUCAAGAGUCUUCCUCCUCUUCCUCUUCCUCCUCAACUAUUCGGAAAAUCAAGUCUUCCAAAAAUUCAGCUGCUAAUAGAGAAUUAAAGAAGAAACCCAAAGCAAAAGAUGACAAGAAACCAGCUCCUAAAAAGAAACCUACCCCAGAACCACCAGUUGCAGACGAAGCUGGAAGUGGACUGGAUGAUGGUGAUUUGAAGCUCACCCCAACUCCUGAUGCCCCUACCACUCAACGCAACAAAGUUACCACCACUUCCACAGUUACAACAGUAAAAACAGUAGACUCUAAACCCAGUCUUCCACCUAAUUCUGAAACACCCAAAACAACAUCUUCGACAACCAAUAUGGAGACAACAGUUGAAACUAAAGAGACUUCUGUAACAAAUAAACAGACUUCAGCUAGUGCGACAGAAAAGAUUACUUCAGCUAAGGAGACACGGAAUGCAGAGAAAACAUCUGCUAAAGAUUUUGAAGCCACAUCCGAAGUUCCUGCUAAGUCUACACCCGAAGCUGAAACUACAACCAAACCUUCUGCUCCCACCACACCCGAGGAGCUUACACCCACCACCCCCGAGGAGCCUACACCCACCACUCCCAAGGAGCCUGCUCCCACUACCCCCAAGGAGCCUGCACCCACCACCCCCAAGGAGGCUGCACCCACCACCCCCAAGGAGGCUACUGCUGUAACUACAACUCAGGUUUCUGAAGUGACCGAGUCCGAAGUGACUACCACAGCUAAGGAUAAGACAACAGAAGAGGGCAUACACACCACAACUGAAGUCACAACUGCAACAUCGAAGAGCACAACGAAAGAGACAGCAACUCCAGCAGAAGAAAAGACCACUGAGUCCAAAACGACAAGUACGACCAUGCAGGUCACAUCCACCACAACCAAAGACACGGCGACAUCAUCCAAAAUCACUGACAAGGAAACAACUCUUGCACCCAAGGUAACAACUACCACAAAAAAGACAACUACGACAACAGACGAGUCUAAGAAUACAUCUGAAGCAACAACAGAUGCAUCAGAAGAUACAGUUACUAGUUCGAAAGUGACAACUCGUCAACCCCCAAAGCCAACCAAAGCACCCAAAACGCCCACCUCUACCAAAAAGCCAAACACAACACCUAAAGUGAGAAAACCAAAGCCUACGCCAUCUCCCCCAAAGAUGACUACAUCAACGGUGCCGACCCUGAAUCCUGCCUCUUCACAGGAAACCAUGCUCCAAACCGCCCCCAGGCCUACCCAAGCUCCUAACUCAGAAACACUUGAAGGAAAUCCAGAGAAUGGAGAACCAGGACCUGCUGAAGGAGAAACACCUCACGUAAUUCUCAGGCCCCACAUGCUAACUCCUAUAGUUAUUCCAGGCUCUGAAGUCAUAGUGAGAGCACCCAAUCAAGGCAUGGGCAUCAACCCCAUGCUUUCAGAUGAGACUGAUUUAUGCAACGGUAAACCAGUAGACGGGCUGACUACUUUGAGGAAUGGGACCUUAGUUGCAUUUCGAGGUCAUUAUUUCUGGUUGUUAAAUCCAUUCAGUCCACCAUCUCCACCUCGCAGGAUUACUGAAGUUUGGGGUAUUCCCUCCCCCAUUGACACUGUUUUUACUAGAUGCAACUGUGAAGGAAAAACUUUCUUCUUUAAGGAUUCUCAGUACUGGCGUUUCACCAAUGAUGUACAAGAUGCAGGGUACCCCAAACAAAUUGCAAAAGGAUUUGGAGGACUAAAUGGAAAAAUAGUGGCCGCUCUCUCAAUAGCUAAAUAUGAGAACAGACCUGAAUCUGUGUAUUUUUUCAAGAGAGGUGGCAGGGUUCAGCAGUACACUUAUAAACAGGAGCCCGUGAGAAAAUGCACUGGAAGGCCUGCUGUUCAUUACCCAGUGUUUGGAGAAGCCACACAGGUCAGGAGGCGUCGCUUUGAACGGGCUGUCGGACUUCCUCAAACACACACCAUCAGGAUUCACUACACACCCAUCCGAGUCCGUUAUCAAGACAAAGGUUUCCUUCAUAAUGAAGUUCAAGUGAGUUCACUGUGGAGAGGCCUUCCCAAGGUGGUUACUGCAGCUGUAACACUGCCCAACAUCAGAAAACCUGACGGCUACGAUUACUACGCCUUUUCUAGGGAUCAAUACUAUAACGUCGAUGUGCCCAGGAGAACAGCAAGAGCCGUUACUACGCGUUCUGGGCAGACCUUAUCCAACGUCUGGUACAACUGCCCAUAGACCGAUGGCAAAGGAAGAGACAAAUAAUGAAAACAAAGAAAAGAUUGAUAUAUUUUGACACUGAAAUGAAUUUUAUUAAUAAAGCGUAUUGAGAUAAGCAUA